AUCGGUUCAAGCACAGAAGCUUCCCACUUCCUGAUUGACAUCCUCUGCGACCAUGAGGAGCUCGUCCUCAAUGACAUCACUCCAAGCCUCUCUGAGAAGAAAUCGAUCGUUCAGACGGCCUAUAUUCCCAGUCUCCUCUCAUACAUCUCAGUCAGAACCACCGCUCAAUAA